AUGGCCGCCCAGUCUCCCUCUCGUCGCGAGAUGGCUGACCAGCUCUCCUACCCCAAUCCGUCUCUGGGCGAUACCGCUGGCUUCGCUGUCGCGAAUUUUGCUCCCCGUCGUGGCGCGGAGUAUCCCGCUGCCAGCCUUCGCCAGCCUACGAUUGAGAGAGUCUUGAUCGUCUUCAGCCUUCUCGUUGGCUUGUUCCUCGCUACUCUCGAUACGUCCAUCAUUGCCACUUCCCUCAUUGCCAUCUCUGAGGAGAUUGGCGACCACCAGCACGCUUCCUUUGUCCUUCUGGCCUACCUUCUCACCUACAUGGGCUGCGCUGUCGGAAUUGCCAAGUGCAGUGACAUUUACGGUCGCCGAACCAUGCUCUUCUACAGUUGGGCCGUCUUCGUCAUCUUCUCGGCUCUGUGUGCGGGCGCGAAAAGCAUGAAGCUCCUGAUCAUCGGCCGCGCCUUUCAGGGCGUCGGAGGCUCAGGCUUGUACAGCCUCGCCCAGACCUGUCUGCUUGAGCAAGGUCCUGCCCACAACCCAGCUCUGAUGGGCGGCAUCAUCGGAAUCACUCUCGCCGCGGCUUUCCUUUUGGGCCCCAUCUUGGGCGGUGUCAUUGUCUCCAAGAUUACUUGGCGCUGGAUCUUUGGACUCAACAUUCCCAUCGGUGUGUUCGCUGUGGCCUGCCUCGUCUUGUCCUACCCCAAAGACCGACAGGCCUUCAAGAUUUACUCUUGGACGGCAUUCAAGAAGCUUGACGUGGUUGGUAUGACCACUCUCUUCUUUGGCUCGGCCUUUCUGGUUGUCGCUAUCGAGCGUGGUGGAUACACAUACUACGGUUGGGACCACUGGACCGUCAUCGUCAUGUUCGUGUGCUCUGGGGCUUGCUGGGGUAUCUUUGGCAUCUUCGAGAACUACCUUUACCGAAAUCGCUGCCUCUUAAUCGACCAUCUGCGGUGCUCGCAUCAAGAGCCUGUCUUUCCGGUACAUCUUGCUCGACGCCGGCCCUUCAUGUGCGGCUUGGCCGUUACCUUCCUCACAGGACUCCCCUAUGUUGCCCUCACCGUCAUUAUCCCGGAACGCAUGCAGGUGAUUGCGCAGAAGAGCCCUCUCCAGUCCGGCAUGUACCUGUUGCCUAUGCUUGGAGCCUGCGCAGUUGGAUCGUUCGUUGCUGGAGCGGUGAACUCCAAAUCGAACAAGGUGGCUCUCGUCAUGACUGUCGCGUCGAUUGCGCAAGUCCUCGGUAUCAGUCUUAUGCUUAUGGUCGUCGACGCUCAGGCGGACUUUGCUCCUGCGUACGGAUUCACGCUCGUUUUCGGACUGGGCGUCGGCCUCAACUUUGGCUCCACGACCAUUCUCUCUGGCGUCGAAGCGGAAUCGACUAAGGAACACGCCGUCGCCCAAGGAAUUCUCGCUCAAGCUCGCGCCCUCGGCGGUUGUCUUGGUGUCGCCAUCUGCACUGCUAUGUUCAACGCGCGCGUGGAAAUUCUCCGUGAUCAUCUUUCUCCGUCUGAACGCGAGACUCUGGCCCACUCUCCAACCCAAUCUUCCGCGUGGAACUCGCACCUCAGAAACCUCGUCAAGCAUGUCUACACAGACUCCUUCAGAGACCAGACUAUCUUCAUGAUCGCCGCCUGCGCCAUAAUGGUGGUCGCCGCCGUCUUUACUUGGGAGAAGGAACCUAGAUCCAUCACCCUUCUCACAGGUCAUGCGCAGCAAGCCAAUAAGACACGCCUGCAGCAAGAAGGCAACGACCACGACGGCACCGAGAUGAGCGACAUGGCCAGUGUUCGCUCUGGUCACUCAGCCGCCUCGGCUACUGUCCACGGUCGCACAGCCUAG